AUGGAAGAACACAGCUCAGAAAGCCACAAUCAAAACCAAAACUCAAACCCAACCAAAGACCCUGCUCAUCCAAGCAGUCCAUACUACAUUAGCACAAAUGAUAACACUGGCUCCAUGCUUGUUACUCAUAGCUUGGAUGCCAGUAACUAUUACUCAUGGGCUCGAUCAAUGAAGAGAGCAUUAAGAAUAAAAAAUAAGCUUGGCUUCAUUGAUGGAAGUCUAUGUGAGCCAACUGACCCAAAUGACCCUCUCAUGGAACAUUGGUUGCGUUGCAAUAAUGUUGUAAUCACUUGGAUGCAAAAUACCAUGGCUCUUGAUAUCAAAUGCAGCAUAGUAUAUGCAGAAACAACACAUGAACUUUGGCUUGAGUUUGAGCAACAUUUUGCACAACAAAAUGCACCUCGAAUCUUUAGAUCAAACAAGCUGUAA